AAAACUGUUUAAUAUAGGAAAAUAUAUAAAAUACUUUUAACUUCUUUUUUUUGUUUCAAUGAUUAAUUUGUAUUAACUUGUAGGCCUAUGCAUCUUACAAGACAAUUGCAGGUUUUCAAUAAAACACGUUAAUUAUCUACAACAACACACGCCAUGGGAAAUUCCAACAAAAAGCCAAAGAUCUCAACAAUUGCAGAUUUAUCUUGCUGUGAAAACUCCAACAAAGUUGCACAAACUUGCCCAGCAGGUGUGUUUUGUCCAGGAAACCAUGAAGCUGAGAUGUGCUAUGGAGGAGAAGCUGAUCUACACAAACAUGUUACAGGCUGUACAAAUAAUCCAGGCCACACAGGUUUUAUACCACUUAAAGAUUUCAACGCAAGUUGUCUCCCCUCGCGUUUCCAUGACGACGAGCUCAUGUCUGAGACAAUCAAAACAUUGGCAGCCCUAACUGUCCAGGUAAAGACUAAAUUCACCAGUCUAGAGAGACCAGAGUUUUACCCAGGCACUCAAGUUCCAUAUCCAUGUUAUAAGGACAGAGGAAGUCACGUGAUGAGGUUUGGGACAGGGAUGGUGUGCUACACAGAGAAUGACAGAUGUGGAACUUGUCGUUGUGCCAAUUGUCAAGUCUCGGCCACACCCAGCAAAGUGUGGGGGGUUGUUGGUUUGGUGACAGCCACACACGUGGUGUUUGAUGACAGUGAGACCAGACGGACCAGGUGUGUUUUAGGUUUUGAUGACAAUAAACGUCCAGUGGUCUGUCUUUAUGGCUGGAAAGUGUGGUGGGCAGACAUUGAUAGAGACAAAUGUCAGUUGAGACAUGUGACAUGUGACUUAGAAUUGAUUGAUGAACUUGAUAAGAAGUGUGAGCGCUUUCAUUAUCUACUUGAGAGGGUAAGGAACAAAUACAGGAGAUUUGUUGAUGUGGACAAGGCGGCCGUUAUAGUGUCACAUCCUCAUGGCUGUCCUAAACAGGUCUGUGUAGGACGAUGGGCAUACAAAAAAAAGAUUGGUAUCGGGAUCAGGUAUUGGUACACAACAUGUACAUAUCCAUGCGCCAUUGCAGCGUUUGUCUACAUGUUGGGAAAUGAAAGGUUCGUAUAAGUAUGCCUAUCGCCAUCCCAACAUUCUUUGUUGUAAACAUUUCAUUACAUUUAAAUGAUUAAAACAAAUCUUUUGAUUGAUUUAAACCGUUUUACCGUCAAAACUUGCAUCUACUUUAAUGUAUUUUACGCACUUUACAUGUUUAAUGUUUUUAAAAUAUUUUACUUUGUAAGAAAUGCUGGCAAAAUUGUUGAUCUAACCUUACCACACGAAUUGUAACUUUACA